AUGGCAGCUGACGCGGUAUGCGCUAUAGGCGCUGCGGAGAAUUGGGUGUAGCAAUAUGGAACCACACACCGUAGCGUAUGAGCCGUAGGCGAAGCGCAACAAAGCAGUACAUUGUGUAAACUAGGGGGCGCAGACUCUUUAAAGGAACUUCCGGCCGCGGAGCUGUCAUUCUUUAAGCUGCAUCUGUUAUGGCUGGUGUUCUGUGCCGGAGAGCCCAGUUGCUGGGCAGAAGCAUCAGACAGUCUAUCUGCGGGUCUCAGGCUGUAUCCCACCGAUGGCAGUCGUCAGUUGCAGAUCCCUUGGAUCAGGCAUUGAGGGAAGGCGCAAUAUACGCCCCCCUGCAGACAUUCACAGAAGAGGAGACCAUGAUAAAAGAAAUGGUGAAGAAAUAUGCCCAGGAGCGCAUUGCCCCGCUGGUCAAAACUAUGGACGCCAAUUCCAAAAUGGACAACUCUGUCAUCGAGGGACUGUUUGAAUUAGGGCUCAUGGGUGUCGAGGUUGACCCAAAGUACGGUGGCACCGGGGCCUCUUUCUUCUCUUCCAUACUUGUCAUCGAGGAAUUGGCCAGAGUAGAUCCGUCAGUAUCAGUCAUGUGUGACAUUCAGAACACUCUCAUCAACACCCUGUUCCAGCGACUAGGCACAGAGCAGCAAAAAGAAACCUACCUGCCCCGGCUCUGCAGAGACACGGUGGGUAGUUUCUGCCUCUCAGAGGCCGAGUCUGGCAGCGAUGCCUUUUCCCUCAGAACCAGCGCCCAGAAGCACAAGGAUUAUUAUAUUAUCAAUGGUUCCAAGAUGUGGAUCAGUAACUCGGAGCAAGCCGGUGUCUUCCUUGUAAUGGCCAAUGCCAACCCCUCUGCGGGGUACAAAGGUAUUACAUGUUUCAUUGUCCCCAAAGACACUGAAGGGUUUCACAUUGGAAAGAAGGAGGAUAAGCUGGGACUGAGAGCAUCUUCCACCUGCUCACUGACCUUUGAUAAUGUCAAGGUCCCAGAGUCCAACAUAUUGGGGCAGCUUGGUCACGGUUAUAAAUAUGCCAUAGGAAUGCUCAAUGAAGGCCGAAUUGGCAUUUCAGCACAGAUGCUAGGCCUGGCACAGGGCUGCUUUGAUCAUACUAUCCCAUAUACCAAGCAGAGGGUGCAGUUUGGGAAGAGAAUAUUCGAUUUCCAGGGCAUGCAGCAUCAGAUCUCACACGUGGCAACACAGCUGGAGGCGACGCGGCUGCUGACCUAUAAUGCGGCCCGGCUGAAGGAAGCAGGAAGGGACUUUAAAAAGGAGGCAUGCAUGGCCAAGUACUUUUCCUCUGAGGUGGCCUGCUUAACCACCAGCAAAUGCAUAGAAUGGAUGGGAGGAGUGGGAUACACCAAAGACUAUCCGAUCGAAAAAUAUUAUCGAGACGCCAAAAUUGGUACAAUCUAUGAGGGAACGUCCAACAUCCAGCUUAGUACUAUCGCAAAGUUGAUUGAGCCGGAGUACUGAGUGAUUAUUGUCUGGAUAUAAGAUAAGGAGACAGCGUGGGAAUGUACACUAUACCUUGCCAUACAUGGGUAUUUCCUCUGAUCUGGGUGAUAUUGGAUUGAUCCAAUCAUUUGUCUCUUGGGCCAAACGAUAGGAUCAAACUGACAGGAUACUUGCCGUUGGGAUGAGGACUGCAUCAAUGUGCUGAAACAUUUCUCAUCUCCACAGGAUUUUUAAACCUGCUCUGUUGAUAUUUGGCUGAUUUUCGACCAGAUAUCGGCCAGACAGGCCCAUCUGAGGGUCCCAUAGACGGCCACAGUUGUACAAACAAAAUGGUAGCCUAUUGUAGCAACAUAAGCAGCCAUGUUGUAUGUAUGACGAUCCAAUGUCUGUACUAUCCCUUUCUUACCAGUUUUCUUUCUCUUGUAGUAUCUGAACACUAUAAAUAUUUUUUUAAAUAAUUAAUGCAGAGGUGAACAAUGGGCUGGGUCAGGCUACAUUAUAUGUCGGCAAGGGAAUGUUUCCUGCAAUCCCAACUUUAAUUAGUUAUUUUCUGGAUUUGCAGAAUGAUUCGUGAAAACUUUAGAUGUGAAGAGUUUCUGUGUAGGACAAGGUGAAAGUAGAACAGUGUGUAUAUGUACUUAGCACUUAAUAUGUGUAUGUACUUAGCACUUUGGGGCAUAGCUAAGGGUGAGCAGACCAUUCGCCACAAGAGAACUUCAGAGUACCCCGGUGCAAUUGCUUAGAGCCAUGGUAUUCUCUUCAUGUAAAAUUGCAGUGAAUUUUCCACUCACCCUCAAUCAAAUAGGUCUUUUUGUGAUUUCAUGUUCCUGUGAGUGCAUUCAAAUAAAAAGAGACAUGAAUGGUUCUUAAGUCA